AUGAUGAUAUAUGUCUCUGACAGGAAAUCCGUUCCCGCUGCCAACAACUCCGAAGGACUGAACCCCCCAAGCAACUAUAGGUUGGUUAUCUUGAGAGUCUAUUCAUCAGAAAAUCUUCGACCAGCACACGAGUUCAGAUCCUUGGACGGCCGCUUCGACGCGGAUACUCUUCGUUUGCUACGCAACUCGGCAAAGAACGGAGGGGCUGCAGUGUGUACAACGGCGUCUUCGAAAGCUGAAGGUGCAUCGUCAGGCUCGAUUACUGUCAGCAGCAAAUUCGAAGAGAUCAUAUCGCCGGUUGUGGAUCGAGUAUGGUGGCAGAAGAAUGUAAUAUACGAGGACCUUCGGCGACUCAUCCCGCGCAUUUGA